AUGGCCCUGACUGGCUGGGUUCGGCCCCGACACGCCCCUGGAGCGACCGCUGCAUGGCUCAUGGCUCCAUCGGUCAGUGGAUCUCAGGUGGAAGCACAUGGCUUUGGCAUGGUCUGUUGCAUGGGCCGCACAUGUCGUGCCCCCGGCGCGCCCUCACACACCGAAGUUUGGCAUGGGAAGGAAGCACGACGAUUCCUGAGAAGGACUAGGGACUGCCAUCGCCGCAUCUGCACGCCUCUGAGUACUGACUGUAACGCUACCGGUAGUCUCCACGAGGUCUUGUACCACGCCGAACCCACUGGGCCACUACUGCAGCGGAUGAGUCAGAAAUUCUACGAGAUGGAGGAGUACCUAGGUACCCAGCGCCCAUGCUACAUAUGUCAGCAAUCAGCAAUCGGUUGCCCACAGUCUUGA